UCUCUAUCUGUUUAUCACUUCUUUUCGCUCCAUCUCACCCACCGCCUGCUCUCUUCCUACCACACUCUCAGUGACACCAACUUCUACCAUGACUGCCUUUGUGUUUCAAAAGUGCCUUUGCAGGCAUCUCUCCUCUCUCGCCCCCUCUCUCCCUCUCGAUUUCUCUCACUCUCUCUCUCUCUGUUUCUCUCUCUCUCUCUCUCUGGCGCAUCUUCUUUUUGUCUCAUUUACAUGAAAGCUGGAGCAGGUUGUUUUUUUUUUGUGUUCAGGUCACAAGUUACAGUUCCCCCACGCUGCACGGAAGAAAACUGAAAGACAGGAGGAACAACAAAGAGCCCGAACAGAGAGACGGGGUAGCAGCGCGUCGCUCUCCUCCUACGUAUGGAGCGCGGCUUAGCGCCCAUCGCGGCUGUCCCAGGCUGCUGAUUGGACAGCUGCGACCCAUAGAGAUGACCAGGUAGAUCGCCACGCCAACGGCAUUGCUCUGGGAUAGGGUAAUUAGCGGCCCUGUCUAAUACCAUCACGAGCUGGGGUGGUUGCCAUGGAGACCAGCAAGCAGGGCUUUGUAAGCGUUCCAGCUUCUGGCAGCUCAGCCACAGCGCAGGGGGAGGACGGGAUGCAUGAAAUGCAGGCCCCUCUGCCAGCCAUGUAUCUUCAAACGCUGGGCAGGCUGCCGCUAUACCCGCAGGUGGCACAUCCGGGACGGCCUACCAGCCAGGACGCAGUGGCCUUUCCACUGUCCAUCUCUCCACUCCCCACAAAGCAGGCCCUGCCCCUCCUUACCUUCCACAUCACCAGCGGGACGCAGCUCCAGCAGCAAGGUCAGAGAUCGGGGGUGGCAGCCCCACCGGCCAGGCCCAAAUCCGCGGGGAAGCAUGUGUGCCCACACUGCGGCCGGGACUGCUUGAAGCCCAGCGUGCUGGAGAAGCACCUGCGCUGCCAUACAGGGGAGCGCCCGUACCCCUGCACCAUCUGCGGCAUCGCCUUCAAGACCCAGAGCAACCUGUACAAGCACAAGCGCACACAGGCCCACGCCCGCCUCUCCAGUGAAUCAGAGAAGGGAAGCUUCAGCAGCCAGGAGAGCAUCCCUGGCUCCGGGGACACUUGCUCUAGCAGCCCCUCCCAGGGAGCACAGAGUGAAGACUUGGAAAGCUUUGAGAGGGAAGUCAGCGCACCUCCAGUGACUCCUUGCACCACCUCCAUUUCCACUCAACCCCCUGCUGCCCAGGGGAAGAUUGGGUCAGAUACAGGUUGGGCUUUGCAUCAGGCUGCCCUGGUUGGACUCAUUCUUGCUCCUGUGAAUGGAAACCAGGAGAAACUGAACUCCAUUGUUCAAAAGGCGGGGCCGUCAGUGGGUUUAGGGACCGCCCCAGCAGCAAAGCCACCGACGGCUGAGGGGGAGCAGAAGCCGCCUCCAGCUGCCCUGACACCAAAUCGUCACCUCCUUCUACAGAGGCAGGAGGCCACCUUCUUCUCCAAACAGUGGGAGUCCAGCACGUCCCGUGGGAAGUCCCAGUCCCAUGACAGCACAGACUCAGGUUUCUCAGAGGGCAACGAGCAGCACUGGACCUCCAGCCCUGGUGGCACUCUGCAUGACCACAGCAUGGAGUCCCUCACAGAGUCCAGUAUGGAGCAGCAGGAGGACCUUGGGCCCCCGGAUAACCCCUCAGAACCUGCUGCUGCUGGGGCCAAGAGCAGAGUGUCAGUGCUGGAGAAGAGGAAGCUGGAGGAGCGCAUCUCCAAGCUGAUAUCUGAGAAUGAAACCCUGGUGGACGACAAGCGCCUGGAGAAUGUGAGGCCACGGAAGACGGUGCUGUCAAAGCAGGGCAGCAUCGACCUCCCCAUGCCAUACACCUACAAAGACUCCUUCCAUUUUGAAAUGAGGACCAGUAAGCAGACGAGCAUGGCCUUCAGCCAGCAGAGCCCGGACAGGAGAGUCAAGCAGGCCUUGUACAACUCUGUGCCCACCCAACAAUCCACCAGCCUCGACCACAUGCCUCUAACACGAAGCAGCUCCUUGCCUUUCUGUUUGAGCAGUCUGGAAAGAAGCAGCCAGCAUGGACACUAUCAAAGAGAGGGGGGAUCACUGGCUCGAAGGGAAAGCUCUGGGCAACUUUACUCUGGCGAGUUUGUCAUAAAGUCUGUGGACCAGCAGUCCUCACACCACCGGUCUCUUGUCCGGCAGUCUGCGGUUGACUGCCUGCCCACGGGCCUCAAUGUGACCUCAUCUGUGGAAGAGAGCUAUCCCAGCAGCCUCGCAUCAGACGGGGACUCUAUCGAUGCCGUCGGCGAAGCCGGCGGUGGGAAAUGCCGCAGGAAAAAAGCUCAAAAGUUCUCCUACAACAAGUGGCACAUGUAUGGUGGCGGAACCUUCACAAAGCUGUACAACACGGAUAAAGGCUCGGAUCACGGCUCGCUGAGAACUAAGAAAGCUGUGGUCAGCGCAGAGCAAGGAAGAGUGCAAGAGAUCCAGAGCAGGAGUAGUGCCUCGCUCCCGGAACCCGUUGCUUCUGUCAUGUCUACGGCAGGCCUGGCUUCUGCUGUCACCAGCAUUCAAACCACAUGCCGUUCACAAUGCCUUCCAAAUAGCCUGACCUCCACUUGUUGUUCUCAACCAUCACAAGGACACAGUGGCCACGUUUCCUCAGGACCACAUCUCCAGAGGCCAUCGUCAGAUCUGUCCAGCUCAACGCACCAUUGUGUGGUCAGGCAGGGCAGCCUUCCAGCCCCAGACUGCACCAAUAGCAGUCGGGCGGUGUUUGCGAGAGGCAUCAUCCAGAAAGAACAGAAUACGCAACACAACCCCACACCACAGUGCCUCAGCCAUCUUCCAUCGGAACGAAAGAAACAGAGAACAGAAGAUGGCACAGGAAUGCCAGUGGACAUCACAGACCUGGAAGAGAAGAGGCACAAUGUUCUGACCUGCAUGACCUGUAAGGCAGGUGAUAGCAACCUGGUUAGACCAAAUCAACCCUCUGUUGCUUUCUGUAGCAGUGCCACCUCAAAAUACACCCACCCCACAAACAGAGGUGAUAGCAGCAAGCUACAAUUCCAACAUCAGGGUAGCAGAAUGGACCUAAACCUACCUUUCAUCAGUCAGCAUCUGAAUCAGAGAUCACUACAGAAUAAGGGACAUGACUCACUUCCAUCCUUAAUGAGUGUGGGUAGGCUAACUGCUUCACCAACUGUCUCUGCUACACCUAGCAUGUCUGCUUUAACCAAGUCCAGCUUCCUACCCAAGUACCAACUCAAGCUUCCCCAUUCUGCAAUUUCAGAACAGAACUUCUCUGCUGUACCAGCACUGGGACAGAGGCUCAUGGCUAUACCAGCAUCAGAACAAAGUCUGAGUAUUAUACCCACAUCAGAACAGGAAAAGAGCCUUACACCAAUACCAGCCAUAGACAGAGAAAAGAGCCUUCCUCCUAUACCCACUCCCACUUCAGCACAGUGCCUCUUUGCUUUACCCACUCCCUCUUCAGAACACAGCCUCCCUGAUAUACCCACUCCUACUUCAGAACACAGCCUCCUUGCAAUGCCCACUCCCACUUCAGAACAGUGCCUCACUUCUGCACCCACUAUCGCCCCCAAAACGAGUGCUAAACCGAAACCAGCCCUUAAACAGAACCACUCUCCUACACCCAAUCCACCGUCAACUCUGACACCCACUACUACAUCCACAUCCUCUGAGACAUGUGCUGCUUCACCCACCACAGCCUUUGGACUGAGUCCCGCUGCUCCAACCACCUCAGGACGCACUCACACUGCUCAGCCCACACUUACAUCAGGACAGAGCCACAAUGCUACACCCACCCCAGCCCCAGAGACCAGUCACUCAGCUGCAUCAACCUCAGGAUCGAUGCACACUGCCUCACCCCAUCACAGGGCUACAUGUGCUGCAGCCAUGAAGCUAAGUGAUACUGCUACCCCCAGCACAGUCUGUACAAGUCAGAACACGCUUUUUCCCACGGCUGAGUCGCUGCCUGCAGGAAAGGUCAUACUGCUGAAGGGAGUAUCACACGCUCCCUCCGAAGAGACGGACGACGUGAAGACAGGAGACAUACAAAUAAUUCUGCAGAUAAUUUCUGAUGAUCAGCUGUCACUCAUGGAGGCUGAACUCAGUACUCAGGGCUCGCAGCCGGAGGCCGGCGUUUGCCGGGCCGUCCCCCGGGCAGCAACGGAAAAUGCAGGAGCAGGAAUACCGCAAAGCGUCUCACGGCAACCAAACAUUCCUCACUGCACACAGCUGCUUGCUGCCAGUGCACAAGGACGCAGCGCUACAGACAUGGCACAGGCCAGCCCCACACACCAGGUAUCCAGCGCACAGUUAUCAGGGCCCUCCGCCCCUUCAAACUGGGAGAUUUUCCCGCACACAAAACAACAUCAGGAGUACCAGAGCUGUGAAAGAUCUGCACAAAACAAUUCCUCUCUUUUAAAAUCCAGUCAUAUACUCCCCCAAGAUUUAAUGAAUCCACCAGUUAGUACAGACAAUGGCAACUGGGAUCGAACCCCAUCCAGCCCUGGCCAUGAGGCAGGAGGCUCAGAACUCAGGGCAACCGGGGGUCAGUUUGCUUGUGUACACACCGAGCCACAAAUGCACGAUCAAUGUAGACCUGGGAACAAUGGCUUCCCUCCAUUGACAAGGAAUCCUGAAUGUCCAAAUCAGGAACUGCGCAAGGAGGUGCCUGUCAACUCAAUGGGUGAGGCCAGACUUCCACAGCAGAGAGUCAGAGCUGACACAGCCGAUUGCCCUGUGCUGGUAUAUAGCCAGGCCCCACCAUCUUCCAUGGCCUCUUCCACUGCCACUGUAGACAGGAACGCUUACCCUAGGCUAUACAUUCCAGAACUGCGCUCAGCUCUGGCAGACACACACACAAAGACUGAAAAACAAAGUUUGACAGGUACCGAAAAGACAGGUUCUUUGACUUUUCUGUGUGCAGCUGGGGCAGACCAGAAGCUACCUAUGGAAGUGCCUCUGGCUGCGCAGAAGAAUGCAGUCAAUGCAGCAGCUGGACUUCGACUUGACACGGACCGCAGAGAUCCCUUAACCUCACAAGGCCCAAAGAACAAAAUGUUUUCAGCUCACAAACAUCAUUUCUCUCCUCCCAACUCCUUGCAUGUGUGGGAUGUUGCUAGGUGCCCAGAUGGACAUUUCUCAUCAGAUCCCAGGCACUGCCAGAAUGCUACUCCUUCAUCUGCCCCCAGCAUGGAGAUGGAGAGGCCUACUGCUACUGAGUCUGUGGGCGGAGGAGACACCUCAUCCACCUCACACCUCUCACCCGCCUCCAACCGCCUCUUUACCCGUCCCCACUCUGAAACUGCACAUCCCACUGCUAUCUCCCAGCACAGCACUCAGACCUCCACUUGUGAAGGACCAAGCCUGUUUCAGGGCUCUAAAACACAGUUUCCAGCAGUGAGGCAAUGCGCAACAGACACAGACGAUGAAACCUUUCAGGAUGUCCAGGGACAUGACAGCCUUCUCACAGACCUGAGGCAGCGAGGUACAGACACAGUUUUGUCACCACUGACACUCCGCCCUGGACUACAGGAUCCCGUCCAAACAUAUCUACCAGGUGUGACCCAAGAGCUCCCCCAGCAGGUAACUUCAGAGCAUGCAACAGCAGACUCUGUUCCUCCUGAACCCACACCACAACACCAGGCUCAAAAUGAGAGUCUGGAGGCCUCCGUACACAAUAGCUCAACAGAACCAUGUUUACAGGCUUUCCAUCCAGCCGGCCAACAGGAACCAUUUUCAGCAUCGCUCCCAGGCCAACCCAAACUUUGCCUGGCUGCCGGCAUAUCCCUCUCUCCCUCUGCAGCAGCAGAAAUCAGCUCAGGAAAUGUAUUGCUACACGGCUCGGUCCAACACAAACCUUUAAAUCAAAGAGUCUCGUGCAACACGGGUAAGCAGAGAACCAAAUGUGGAAUUAUUGCGAAUGAUGUUGUGAAUCCAACAGAAACAUCUGGCGGGUUGUGUACGGUGCAGCCGGCCUGUUUGAUAGGAAGAAGUGGGGUGGAGCAGGCUGGCCUGGGCGCUGCCGGACAGAGCACAGAGGCAUCCUGCCCAUCUUUCCUCUUCUCCCACUUGGACAGGACAUGCCCUCUUUCCCAGGACCCAGUGGCAGGCACUGGCACCUCAACCAAAGUGCUACAAACAGAGAAAUCGCAGCUCGCUCUGAAGCCAUCAGACACCCUGUGUGGGCACUCUGGAAGGGCUCUGUCAGGGGGCAGUCUGAGCAUUAGCUCCGUAAUGAGCAGCCAGAUGCUGGUCAGCAGUAAUGAACCUCAGGAGGAACAAGGUCAAGAGGACAUGGCCUCAGACAGCUUUGCCUCACCCCCUCGCAGUGCUCCAAAGGAAAGGCGGAAGGAUGGUGCUCAGAUCUGUGCUUCUGCUGACACACGGAAGGACAGCCAAGACUUAGAUGCAGCACACCUGUCGUCCAGGAGCGCUGCAGCCCCAGCGGAGCAGGAGCAGGAGCAGGAGACACAGGACAGCGGUCAGAGCUUGGAGCAGUGGGAGGACAGAGCGACAGAGGACCGGGGCUCCAGACAGCCAGAGACAAUGGAGAGAGGAGGGGUGGGGGAAACUGACGGUGGGGAGACAGGGAAGAGAGGUUGGAUCGACCCCUGCACGUCUCCCUCAUCAGAGCCACACAAAGAGGCUACCUCAGAGGACAAUGUGAAGGACAGCCUGGAUGAUAAUGGACCUCUCUCAAACAGAGAGACCUCUGUGUCACCGCCCUUUCCCCAGACCCCGUCCCAGAGAGAGGCCAGUGCUGUACACACCUUCAUUUCCCACAGGGAUAGCAGGUGUCACGGCGCUGGCCAAGGCCAGCAGAAGGAGUAUUCGGAUGUGAAGCCUUGCUCCACUGAACGGGCGGUGUUCCGAGGUCCGUGUCCCCCGCUUUCGGCCGCUCAGCAGAGUCGCACCCCCGCAGAGGCGCGCCCUCUCCCUGUGAACGCCGGGCCUCCGGGGUGCGGGACGACCGCUCAGGCUGCUAGCCACAGCGUGACCGCGAGCGCGACCUCGCCGCUCCAGAGCGCCUCCCUGUCCGCGGGGAGCCGGGCCCAGCCUGAAGGCCCCGGAGCGACGGGGCAGAGCGGCGCGAGGCCGGAGCCGGCCGCACCGGCUGCAGUGCGCGCCCAUCCAGCCGUCUCGCCCGACAGCGCGGCACACUGCUCCUCCCCGCCGCCGAGCCUGAGACCCGGCGAGGCGGCCGCCAGGGCGGCCCACAGCAGCCAGGAGGAGGCCGACGCCAGCAGCAGCGACGACGAAGGGAGGCUGGUCAUUGAGCUGGAGUAG